AUGUCUCAUAUAUCAAAUCUAUUGCGAAACUCCAGAAUUGCACAAGUACCAAAGACGGAGAAAGCAUUGUUUCAAGUGGGCAAUCCAACCCGUCCAACCCAUCAGGUGAUUGAAACAAAACCAUCCACUCUUCAACGUCAAGAAUGGGGUUUGAAAGCAAGUAUUCCAUCGAAAAUUAAAUCUAGGUACUUAGUGUUCAAUGACUUAGACACCCAAGAAAGAUUAACUUCUUUUGAGCCAAUUGGCCAAUACCAAUGGAAUAGAAUUAGAUUCCAAGAAAUGGGAUUGGCCCCUCGUUACGUUGAAGAAGAGAAAAAUCCAUUGUUCGAAGGUCAUACAAAGAAGUCUGGAAGACUGGCGCCAUUUAGCAAUGCUGUCCAUAUCACACCAACCACCCCUCGUUCAGAAAAGUCAAGAAAACUAAGGGACAUCAAUGUACACAGAGCUGAGUUUAAGCAAUGGAUAUUGGAAAAUCAUCCAGAAUCACUUGCAGGGAUCAAAAACGAAAACACCAAGUCGUUAAAAACUCUAGCUUCUGAAUUUUUACAUCAAAAAUUGGGCAAAUUAGACAUCAAUACUGCGUCAAAAACCGACUGGAAUGUUGUUGGUACUGGUGGGCUAACAUAUAACUUAAGAGGUAGACUAAGACAAUCUCCAAACGGCGUGAAACAAAAAACUGUUGUCCCAGGUAGAAUUUUAUCUCUCCAAGGUCCAGAUAGAGCCGUUGCUGUUGGUGGUUUUGUUGCAGAAGCAAAAUCUAUUGGCCGUAAUCCUCGUGCAUUGCAGUUUGACAUGGGUGAUUUCGUUAGACAACAAGUUUUGCCAUUUGUAAUCGAAGAUCCUAAGGUUGAAAGCGGAACUGUAACCCUUGCAGCUUCCCUAAUCGAACCAAAGAAUGAUUUCAAUUUUGCUCAAAAGAUUGGAUUAGGUCAACGUAGAACCCAGUUCAGUAGGACUAGUCCACACAAUGCAUUCCCCAAGAAGACGAUCAGAUCUAUCAGUGCUGAGGAAUCAAGAAAUCAAAGUGAAGAAUUUUUGAAUCUACUAAAGACUAAUGCCUAA